CAUCAGAGCACUGAUGAUCAGUGUGCCCUGAUGAUCUGUGUUUACCCCCAGCAGUGCCAAUGGUCAGUGUCCAUCAGUGCCAGCUCUCAGUCCUCAUCCUUGCCACCUGCGAGUGCCCAUCAGUGCCACAUUUCAGUGCCCAUCAGUGCCACAUCAAUGUCACACAUCAGUGCCCAUCUGAGCUGCCUUUCAGUGUCACCUAUCAGUGCCAGUCAGUGCCACUUCUCAAUGCCAGUUAGUGCCACCUAUCAGUGCUGCCAAUCAGUGCCACCUAUCAGUGCCAGGCAGUGCCGCCUAUCAGUGCCAGUCAGUGCUGCCUAUCCUCAGUGCCGCCUUUCAGUGCCGCUUAUCGGUGCCAUAUAUGAGUGCUGCCUUUCAGUGCCCAUCAGUGAUGCCUGUCAAUGCCCAUCAGUGCCACCUACCAGUGCCUCCUCAUCAGUGCCCAUCAGUGCCACCAGUGUCCAUCAGUGCAGCCUAUCA